UCGCACCAUUCCAGAAUAUUCUAGAAUCCCCAACUGUUCUGGAACACGCUAGGCUCUCCAGGCAAAGAGUUGGAACCAGGAUCGUAACAUUCGGAGGCCUUCCCAGCCUCAGUGGGGCUGGCCCCUGUCCACCACUCGCCAGCAGGCUUCAUGUGGGUGCUGGCAUUGGGUGGGGUUUUCCUGGCAACUGCCCAGGGCUGUGUUCUCUGCCACCUCCCAGCCCGUGACUUGUCAGGCCGCCUGGCUCAACUCUGCAGCCAAGUGGAGGUUCUGUGGAAGAACUGUGGGGCCUCCUGGAGCUUCCCGGCCUUUGCCUUAGGUAAGCUCAGACGUCCAGGGACAGGCCGGGCAACAGUCGCCACCGCACCCGGAGUGGGGCAGCCUGUGGCUUCCCAGCCGGGCCCCUCAGUCGCCCCCUCAGUCCACAGCCCUCCCGGGACACACCGGCCUCUCCCGGUGGGAGAGCUGCUUCAGGCCCUGGGAAGGUCAGGGAAGAAUCACAGGUCCCUGCCCGUCUCCGCAGAUGAGGCGUCCAUGAACAAAGUCAUAGAGAAGACUCACAGAGUCCUGAGGGUCAUGGAGAUCAAAGGGUCUCCUUCCUCCCUCCGUUUAUAUUGGCAUUGGCUGCAACACACCAGGCUCCCCGCGUACACCAGGGAAGCUCUCUGCGCGCCCGCCUGCCGGGGCAGCACCAUCCUGUAUAACUGCUCCACCUGCCAGGAGUUCAAGGUGCGCUGCUGGCCCCGAAAGCGCUGCCUCCCAGGAAGUCACGAUCUUCGCGAAGCCAGGAUUCUGCUCCUCUCGGUCUUAGUAGCUGCCCUGCUGUUGGGUGUUAUGAGCCUCGUGGUGGAGUCCCGUUACCACCUCGAAGCAAAAAGAACAAGUGAAGACACUGACAACCUCCUGGCCGCUGGUUCUCGAGACUACGAACCCAUAACCUCCACUUCCUCGGAGGGGAUCAGCCAGCCCCUUAGUUCCAGUCCCAAAGGCUCAGGCUUCCAGAGCCCAAGCCCAGAGGUCCCCACAAUCCCUGCAUCAGAGGGCCGCCAGGGACCCAGGCGCCCACAACUGGGAAGCUCCUCCCCCCCAGCCCUCAACUAAUCAGACAGGAGCAGCCACUGGUUCCAGGAAAAUAUCUACAGAAGGAAAGAAUCCCCUCCCCACACCACCCUUCCCACACCCCCUCCUGCCUGUUCUCGGAAAGCGGGGGCUGUCUGCCCCAGAAGCUCCUCUUGGCCCUCUUGUGACUGAUUGGGAAUCCGGGAAUGGGUGUUUUAGAAAAGUCCCUCCCUUUAGAGUUGAGACCACAUCAGUCAGCCUGCUGGCAUGCUAUCCCUCCAUUUAACAUUGUGAAGCCUUGGCCUCCCACAGACGCAUCCCUCCUGCCAAGGCCGAGUAAACCUGUUGUCAAAUGGCCUCCACCCCUGCCUGGCC